CAGGACCCACCGCAGCCCCGAAGGAGCCACAAGAGCCAUCCUGAGUGAAGGGGCAGGAAGCAGCCGUUACCCUGCAGGCUGCCCUGCACUCUGUUCUCCUGUCAGCUGACACUCGUGGGUUUUUCCGCCUUCUCGUACCCAGUGAAAUCAACAAUUUUGAAAACCCUAGGAAAUAGACACUCCUGAGAAAUCAGAACUACCCCGGAAAGGGAGGGGCCUCGAGCUCUGUCCCAGCACCUAAAACCACACUGCUCAGGGCUCCGCUUCAGGAAGCUUCCAGCUUCUUCCCUUGAGACCACACCUGCUCCCCAGAGCCAGAGAUGAUCAAGGAGGAACACGAGGUGGUCAUCACAGGGGCGGACCAGGGCCCAGGACCCGUGGUGUCCACCGUGGUCAACAUCCAGACAGAGCCCGCUGUGCCUGACCACAUCAUCUGGUCCCUGCUCAGCUCCAUCUACUUCAAUGUCUUCUGCCUGGGCUUGGUGGCAUUCUCCUACUCCAUAAAGGCCAGGGACCGGAAGAGGGUGCAUGACAUGGCUGGGGCCCAGAGCUACGCGUCCACCGCCAAGAAACUGAACAUUGCGGCCGGGGUCUGUGGUCUCAUUCUGUUCAUCAUCUUAAUUGUAAUUAAGGCAACUACCCGGCAGUAACUAUUCAGGACAGUUGUUACAACGUCACGAAGAGUUAGGAGGCUUCUGCUGGCUGCCCAUAGCCUGAGGCGGUCACCUCUUCACAGCUGUUCAUGUGCACGUGCGUCCCCGACCGAAUGCAAUAAAGGACAUGCACCUGA